AUGGAAAACUAAUUUGAACUUGAGUAAAAUAAUAGGUAUAUGUGUGAUGUGAUUAAUAGUAAAUCUGAAGUAAUUCUUGAGAAAUGUCUAACAAUGAUGAGACCUGAAGGUUUAGAACAGUUUCAUUUUAGAAUAGAAGAAUAAUUUUACAGAGUAAAAGUAAAUUGUAUUAAUUUAAUGAGUAGUAAAAUAAAGUACUUUUAAUACAUGAGAAAGAGGGAGAUGAUUUAUAAACCAUGUUAGCAUAUUGGAUAUAAGAACAUUAAUAAAGAAAUGUAAUCAUUAUUAUAGAUUAAAGAGAGAUCUAAUAAUCCCAUAUUUAGUUGAACAUGAGAACUAAAAUCAUUAUUAUGCUAUUUAUUACAUUUUAACAAAAUUACGAGUAUCUAAAUUGAAUAAAUAAGGCUGUGUUUAAUAUUACUCAAAAAGUUGAAUUAGAGAGUGAGAAAUUGAAAUAAUAUUUUGAAUAUUGGUUGAAUUUAUGUUCAAGAGAACUUGGAAAUUAAUUAUAUAGUGAUUGUAAAGUAGCAUAUAAACGAGUAUAUCUUAUCAUAUUAUUGAGGGUAAUCAUUGUAAUUCAAGGAAUCGAUAAAUUUUAUAGUAACGGAGAGGUAAGAGUAUCAUCUUGGUUACCUAAAAUAUUGCCUGAUAAUAUUAAACUUAUAGCUUCAGCCAAAUAAGGUAGUAAAGCAUUUGAAUAUUAUUAAUCUAUUGGUAAUCCAAUUAUUCCUAUGUAAGAUUUAUUUAAUUAUUUCUAGUGAAAAUGAGAGUAUUCAAAUUUGGAAUCUUAUAAAAAAUAAUUCAUGCAUACAUAAUGCACUUUUACAUGUUCCUGAAUAAUUACGUUGUUAAUUACAUUUUCUUAAAAUAUUUUAUACUAUUCUAAGUAAUCCUUUAGAUGAAUAUACUUAAUUAAUUACAGAUGUAUUGGCAUAAGCAGAAAGUAAUUAUGAAAAUAAUAAAUUAUUAGAAUUCCUUAAUGAAUAUGAAUUCUUUACUAUUCUUGUUAAUUAAUUUUGUCAUCAUGAUCCUAUUGCUUCUUCCAUCUUUUGUGUUCUUUCUUAUGUGAAUAAAGGUAUUAUCAUCAAAUUUAUUAAUCAAGGUAUCUCAAUUGAUGAAAUCAUGGCUAGUUGUUAAUGCACACAAGAAUAGUUUAUAAAAGUUUAUGAUUUUUUCAAGGUAUUUCUUGUUAUUAUUCUAUAGAUCUGUUUCCUUGAAAAUAAUCUAGUCUACGCUAUCUAUAUACUUACUAUGAGAUAAGCAAUCUAAUCUAUCUAAUAUAACAAAAACCUUUAUGAGUAAUAUUUAUAAAUAAUUGAACAUUCAAACAACUCUAACAGAAAGUUAGAAGAACUCAUCUUUUAAUAUACAAAAAAUAAAAAAUUCUUUAAACUCAAAGAAAUUAUUAUUAAUAUAGAACAUUUUUUAAUGCUUUGGAAUCCUUAUAAUAAAUUUGAAUUGUGUUAAUUAUGGGAUAUGUUAGAAUAAAAUGGAUAUGAUUUAGUUAUGGAGUAUAAUAAAGCAGUUGAGAACUUUUAAGCCAUUUAUAAACCAACAACAGAAGGAUUAUUUUUCAUCAUGUUAUAAAUUUGUAUAUUCUUAAGAGAAUUUUCUAAUUUUGAAAAGUAAUUGAAUAUUUAAAUAAUAAACUAGAGAAGGCACACCUGCCUAUAAACAUCCCUUAUUAAGAGGUUAAUCAAUAGAAUUUGAAGAAGUAGGAUUAUAUGGUGAAUUAAGUUAAUUAAAGAUGUUAGCUAAGAAAAAACCAAAAUAAUAAUUAAAUGAAGAUUAUUUCCCUACUAUAAUGAAUAGUGUCUAAUUAGAAAAUCUUAAUUUAGAUAUUAAAAAUAAUAGAGAUAGCUUUAUCAAUUAUUAUUAAUCAUAAUUUGAUUAAAUUACUUUAUAAGAAUAUCUAUAAACCAAAUAAGAUUUUUUAAGAGAGAAAUUGUUAUCAACUUCAAAAAUUCCAAAUCCUUAUUAUUAUAAAAGAUGGUUGUGGGUUUAAUUUCCUUGGUUGGCACUUACUUAAAAAAAUAAUUUCUCAAAGUUAAUGUAAUUUUAUGGAAAAGAUUCUACUUAAUAUAUGUCAAUCCAAGAAGAAAUACUAAUAAAUUAAAAAGCCAUUCGAUUAGUAAUAAAUGCAAAGAGUUCAAAAGAUAAAUCUAUUCAUAAAUUACCUGAUAUUAAAUAAAGAUAUUAUAGUCCAACAGUUAAUAAGGAUGAACCUAUAAGAAGAUUUAAUCAAUCUUUAGAAAAAAGCAUAGAUAGAGUGCCAUCUUCAGGAAGAAGAGGAGUACCAGAGAACAAAAAGAAAGGAUUAUACAUUAAAAAAUACAAUUAAUUGUAAUAUUAAAAGUAAUAUAUUAAUUCAAUUAUUAUAGUUAAUAAUUAAAGAAUAAAUUAAAAGAAUUAUAAACAAUCAAAUAAAACCUUUAUCCAUAAGAAGCAACAAUUGAAGCUUAUAGAUUAAAUGAUUUAACAAAGAAUCAAGGAGAUGAAAUGAAAAAACAGAUGGAUAAUUUACAAGGAGUUUAGAAUGAAAUGAAAAGAAUGUAAACAGUUUUGAAAUUAUGUUAAUUCAAUUAAGAUUAAAAUGAGGAAAGAGUGUAAUAAUUGUUCAAACAUUGUAAGAAUUUAGAUAGAAUGAUAAAUGAAUAUAAAUUAAUAACUAGGGAAUUAAGUGAUAAAUUAAGUUUAUAUAAACAAAAGACUAAAUCGGAACCAAGUAAACCUUAAAAACAACAACAUAUAUCAAAAUAGUUUAUGACGAUGAAAGAUUUAAGUUCAGUUAGUUAAAAAGUAGUAAAUACAAAUGGAAAUAUUAAUUUAAAUGAUUAUAAAGUUAAAGUUACAUUUGAUAUGUAAGAUUAAAAUUAAUAAAAUCAGCAUAAUAAGAAUUUGAAUUUAAAGCAUUCGAAUUCAAUAAAUAAUAAUAUAUAAUAAUAAGAUAAACUAAGAGAAACAUAGACAAGAUUAAUGUUGGAAUAAAUGCCAUCAAAUAGAAUGAUCACACCUGGAUAUAGAUUAUCACUUAAACCAAAAGGGGAUGGUGGUGAUCAAAUAGAUUUUCAUAUUUUAGAAUAGAUUAGACAUCUUCAUUCUUUAGGAAUUGCUAAUACUUAUAAUAAUCCAACAUUUGAUGAAUUUCUAAAUCAUCUUACAAAAUUUAAUGAAUUAAAUUUAGAAGUUUAGGAAUGUUAAUUAAAAUUAAAUGAAGUGAGAAUAAAGAAAUAAGAGAAACAAACAUUUUUAAAAGUAACAAAUUUAAUAUUAAUUAAUAAAGAUAUUACAAAAAAAUGAGAAACCUCAAGAUUAAAAAGCUGAGUAAUUUAUAUCUUCAGACGAUGUAGAUAAAUUGAGAAGAGCAAAUGA